GGCGGACAAACGGCGGGUUUCGCAGUUCUCAGUCCCACUUCGGCGGCUGCGUAUGUGUGUUUGUCGGACGCUUGUUUGAAGAUUUUAUUUUCCUCUUUGCGAUUUUAAAUGCGUUGCUUUCAUCUUUAGUUUUGAAAGCUGGCGUAGUAAAAUAUUGUGCUCUUCGCUACAUUGGUAAAAAUGUGAUAUUGUUGUUUUUUACAUCCAAAUGAGAUUGAGAAGUUUUCAUCACCGGUGCUUUCUAACUCUGUUAUUUUAUGGAAUAGCGUGUGAAUGUUUCGGGAAGAACCAGGAGUGCUAAAGUUGAUCGGAUAUUAUAAAUUUUAAACUAAUGCAAAAUCAGUUUUUCAUUCAUUAGUUUGUGAUUUGCCUCCGAUAUUCUCUGCUGAAUGACUGAUUAUCACCUAGUUGGAAUGGUCAUAUUUGACUGUAAGCAAGUGUAUUGCUCUUUUCCACGUAUCAGAUGGUGUUAAAAUAAUUAUCGUUCAUCUAACCGAACUAUAAAUGCAAAUUAUCAUGUGAAAAGACAUGCUUAAAUAGUUUUUCUGUUGACCAUGGCUGGAUUCUUCUGCGAAAAUGUUACGUGAAUCUGAUGCGAAAUCAAGCUUUAAUAGGCUUAAUAUUUUGAUAAAUUAAGUGCCUGAAGAGCGGUAAAACUGGCGAAUUCGGUAGUCAAAAGGAGUGACAGUAUGACCAAGCUCCGUAGGUCGGGUUCUAUGGAUUUUGGCAAUUCCAGUAUGGCUAACGUGCUGGAUGUAGCCAAGGCUCUUUGUCUUGCUUGCAAGCAAAGAAGCAAACCCAAAAGGAGCUUCAGUCUUUUUCAAAUAAAGAGCUGCCCGGCUGAAGAAGUAUACGCAGUUCGCAGACUUUCCUCUCGAAUGGAAGGUACCGCCCCGAGUUCUGCAGCCCCAGCUGCAGAACCACCAGCUUCUCAGAGCCGGAGUGCGAGUGGGGCCAGCGCCACCUCGUUGACCGGGGCGACGGCGGCCGCCCGCUCGCUCUCUAUGAACUCGGUGAGCAGCGAAGGCUCAGCUGAAAGCCAUGUGGUGGAACAGGAAGACAUCAUCGUUCUGACGCACGAUGUCAGGAGUUUCAAAGAGGCCUUGGGGAAGCUCAGGAGGAUAUUUCAUCCAGAGAGAGAUAAAACGGAGACGAUGCGCGUGGCUGCUCACGAGAGACUGGGCGAAGUUCUGCGCAUCUUGCGCAGUAUUUUAGAAAAAUAUCCUCCCAUACAAUCGACAGAACUUCUUAUGACUGCAGGAACUCUCAUACAGCAAGUUAAAGGUUACAACUAUGAAGACGAAAAGUCUGACCCUUCGAAUUUCUUUGAUGCUAUCGACCAGCUGGCUCUGGCUUUCAGUAGCAGGUAA